ACGUCGUCUUCUUCUUCAAAUCUCAGAUUUGGACAUCUCCGCCAAAAAUGGCAGAACACGAGCCAUUGCUGAACCACGAAGCGGCCAAAGAAGAACAACCAGAGCUCGUCGCCAGUUCCAAGCAAAACACUCGAGCUACUCGCAUCGCAUCUCUCGAUGUUUUCAGAGGCCUCUCUGUUUUCGUAAGCUUAUGAUGCUCGUGGAUUAUGCUGGCUCCAUUUUCCCAAUCAUUGCUCAUUCCCCCUGGAAUGGUGUACAUUUGGCUGAUUUUGUGAUGCCUUUCUUCUUUUUUGUUGCUGGAGUUUCUCUUGCUCUUGUAUAUAAGAAUGUUCCAAACAAAGUUGAAGCAACUUGGAAGGCAGUGCUAAGGUCACUGAAACUUUUUUUCCUUGGCAUUCUUCUUCAAGGUGGUUAUCUACAUGGGAUAACUACUUUGACAUUUGGUGUUGACAUUGAAAGAACACGUUGGCUUGGCAUUCUGCAGAGGAUAGCAAUUGGAUACAUAGUUGCAGCUUUGUGUGAACUAUGGCUUCCAUGUCAAUGGUGGAGGGGCGAAGGAGCUUCCAGGAACUAUUUUUCGCAUUGGUGCACUGCAUUUUCACUCUGUGCAAUAUAUUUGGGAUUAACAUACGGUUUGUAUGUUCCGGAUUGGCAAUUCGAGGAAUUGCAGUCAACCUCUUUUUCACUUCCGUCAAAUGAUGGCUACAUUUACAAAGUGAGAUGUUCUGUAAGAGGUGACCUUGGACCUGCCUGUAAUGCUGCUGGAAUGAUAGAUCGUUAUGUUAUUGGCAUUAAUCAUCUAUAUAAAAAACCUGUAUACAGAAACUUGAAGGAAUGCAAUAUAUCCAAAACUGGCCAGUUUUCAGAGAGUACGCCUUCAUGGUGUCAUGCUCCUUUUGAUCCUGAAGGUAUUUUAAGGACCAUAAAGGACGGCUAUACAAUUGGUGUAUCUUUUCAUUUGCAUUUAUGGUUCUUGGAUUUUUCCUUGCCUUCAUCGGUAUCCCUCUAAAUAAACCUUUGUACACAAUCAGUUAUACACUGGUUACAACGGCAUCUGCAGGAAUCACAUUUUGUAUCUUAUACAUUUUGGUGGAUGUCUAUGGUUGGAGACGGUUGACAUUUUUGUGGGAAUGGAUGGGGAAGCAUUCUCUAAGUAUAUUUGUACUAGUAUCUUCUAAUGUAGCUGUUAUUGUGGUUCAAGGAUUCUACAGGAUUGCCCCUGAGAACAACAUUGUUCACUGGAUUGUAUCACGCUUUGUUGACAAAUGAUAUGCUUGCCUUGCCAUUUUCUUAGCACAGGUAAAAGCCAGCUUCUUUUUAUUCACUUCAUUUAUUUAUUGUUUUGAGGCUGUUUUCGACUUUUUUUAGAAAGUUCCAUUUAACUGCAUAUCUUUCAAUUCAAGGAGACAUUUAUAACCCAAAAUCAAGAGGCAUCUAUCAAAAAACUACAAGUGGGAAAGUUCUCUCUUGUAAAAGAAAGAUCUCAUCCUCCUACAA